AUGGCUAUCCCUCUGCCUCCGGCAGUUACGCCUCGUUUGAAAAGUGGAUGGACCCCAGGAUUUGGAGUGCCCAAGCUUUCAAAUGUGUCCAUCUUCCCGUAUGUAGUGCAUCCUGUCGACGCAGCCCCUGAAGUGUUGCUGAGGGGUGAGGUGCCUCCUGCCGGCUACCAGCUUAAAGAAGAGGACUAUUCAGACAUUCGAUAUGGUUUCGCAGAUCGGUCUUGGACAGCUGAGGACGUACAGGACUAUUGGGCCUUGCGAUUGGAAAAGGCUUUGUCCGAACGUGCUGGAACUUAUGUGGACGUUAGUGGGGCAGCGACGUGCUUAGACUGUGCCCUGGUGGCCUUCAGUGAACGAUGGGACGAUGGGACGAUG